CGCAGCAACCAAAAUUCCCAAAUUUUCAAAACCUAAGAAUUUCUUCUCUGUGUAAAUCCUCUUGAUUAAUGAAGAAUCUCAACAAUCUCCCAACAGACCUUUUACUAGACAUUAUAAUUCACACACCAAUUGAUUCAAUUCUAGACUGCAAAUUAGUUUGCAGAUCAUGGAGGGACCUUGUUUCUCAUCAUCCAUCCUUCUCUCAAUUGCAUUUAUCUCGUCUCAAUAGCUCCACUGAUUCUGGUAAGACCUCUUCUUUUAUUGUCAAAUCUAGGAAUCAACAACUUCAUUAUUUUGAGUAUAAUGAUGAAACAGUUAAUCAUAGUCUCAGAAGGUUCAAUUUAACCCUUCCAUUUACAUCUGAAUAUAUGGUUAUUGGUUCGUUUAAUGGUAUAGUCUGUCUCUAUAAAUCUGAUCAUACUUCUUUAAUUUGUAAUCCCGUGACAAGAAAUUAUGUCGUUCUUCCAAAAUUUAAGGGAGGAUGUGGUGAGUAUGUUUAUUGUUCGAGUGGAUUUGGUUAUCUCCCUUUAACUAAUCAGUAUAAGGUUGUUGUAUUGUAUAAAUUAAGGAGAGAACCUAGUUUUAUAGAGGUUGCGGUAUAUACUCUUGGCAGCGGCAAAGGGUGGAGAAAUGUUUGGAGGUCGGGGUUUCCGUUUCGAUUAUGUUAUAAUGAAACUGGUGUUUAUGCAAAUGGAGCUCUUCACUGGAAGGAAAAUGAUGAAAAAGGAAGGGUUUUGGUUUUCGAUUUGACCGAGGAAAAGUUUCGUCAAUGUCUUUCACCACCUCCUGCGCCACCAAAGCCGGAGGAGGGUAUGCGUCUUAAUUAUUUUAUAGGUCAGUUGGGCGGGGUUUUAUAUUGUUCCAUCUAUUACUUCAUGUCAGACAUACAUUCUGACAUAUGGCUGCUAAACGAGAAAGAGGAUAUUGGUGACAUGAAAGAUCAGGUGGAACACGAGCCAUUGGCUUGGAGUAAACUGUUCUUUUGUCCUGGAAAAGAACCAUUAGCCUCUUGACAUUUAUGAUGCAACAGAUUCAACCAUGAAAAAGCUUUUGGAUUUUCGUCCGUUUUGUCAAAUAUACUCUCACAAGAACACCUUAGUUUCUUUGAAAGAAUUAGGAGAACAAGAUAUAAAAGUAAUGGAGUCAGCUGAAAUUGAGGAGACAGAAACCCAUGAUUGGUCGACAAAGCAGCUAACAAGAUGAGAUCCCUGGAUGCACUUAUUAAAUGAAGCAAGACCAUGGGAAGUGAGGGUUUCGGGUUUCCCAGCAGUAUGAGGAGGUUGAUUCUGAUCUUACUUAGCAUAAUCAACGAAUAAUUUGGGACCCAAAUUUGAACCCCCACAUGUCCUGUUAAUGUGCAAUCACCUUCAUAUCAUAGAUUUGGUAGUUUUGAGUAGGGAGUGGAGUCUGUUAAAGUUUGCCAUUAUUUAAUUAGUUUCGCAGGAAAAAUAGAGUCACAUAGGCAGAGUUCUGUGUUAUAGUGAUCAUGAUUUAUGUUUCAAAAUACCUUAACACAAACUACAACCAGGAUGCAGGACAAUGAUUCUGUUGCCAACAAGGAUUUUGCCAUCUGCUUACGGAUGGAUGAAUUUUCUUGUAGUUGUAAAUUUCCACACAUUUCAUGCCUACAUCCUCGGUUGUAUCAGUUUCUGUACUGUUUAAUAGCUUAAAUCAGCUACAUGAUAGGAUGUGUUUGUUUACAUUUGAUAAAAAAAUAAAAUUCAUUGCGAACUUGUAGCUUAAGUUGUUACAUCCAGUGAUUUUAUUUGCAUCAUCAUCAAUUUUCUUUACUUGAUGAACUGAGAGAGCCAUUGCAAUCUUUCCCCAUAACCCGGUCUUGUUACUUAACUGCACAUGAAGACCUCGAGUCAAAAGGUCGUAUACUUGAUUUUGCAAGAUUCAUGUCUCCUGUUGAGAAAUUGCUGGAAUGAGCCUGCAGACUGCAGCCAUUAAUUGGAUAAUUCACUGCAGUGCAGUAUCUAGGUGCCGUACCUUUGGAUAUGUGUUUCGGUUUUAGUUGAUGAGGCUACUGACUAUUGAUAAUACAAUCUCUUUCUUCCUCAUCAAAUUUGAAUUUCUUGCUGCAAUUGUAAUCUGGGAGUUCCAUACUAACCGGGUCAUGCUAAAU